CUUCUUCUUCGUCUUCUUCGUCUUCUUCUUCUGCGUGCGGCUGUCUCCGUCCGACUCCGUUUCUCUGCCCUGGUUUUUUUGAAAACCGCGUCGACCGAAGAUGUCGGAGGAUCUGCGGUCCGAGCUGCAGAAAUAUCUGGAGGCUCUGAGCAUCCAGACGAGCUGCGUGGAGCACCCGCCGGUGUUCACGGUGGAGGAGAUGAUGCCUCACCUGCAGGAGGUGAGCGGAGCCGUCACUAAAAACCUUUUCCUAAAGGAUAAGAAGAAGAAAAGCCUGUGGCUGGUGUCGGCUCGCCACGACCGCCAGGUGAACCUCAAUGACCUCGCCAAGAAGCUCGGCGUCGGCAGCGGCAACCUGCGCUUCGCAGACGAGGCGGCCAUGUUGGAGAAACUCAAGGUGGGUCAGGGCUGUGCCACGGCUCUCGCUCUGCUCUUCGACGAGGACCGGAGCGUGAAGUUCGUCCUGGACCGGGACCUGGUGGAGGGAGGCCACGAGAUGGUCUACUUCCACCCCAUGACCAACGCCGCCACCAUGGGGCUCCGUCCGGACGACCUGCUGCGCUUCCUCAAGGAGACGGGACACGAACCCAUCCUGGAGAGCUUCGAGUAGGACGGGACGGGAACCUGGACCUCGACCGGAGUUGAACGCUGGACAGGAUCGGGCUGCGGGGAUUAAAGUGCGUCAUAGUCCCGUCUCUUGUUAGAACAGGACACGAAGGCGACCUGCAGAGGCUCGAGCAGAGCGGAAUACCAACUUGUUUUACUUACUUACUUUAAAAACGAUGAAAAAUGUUAAAAUGAAACCCAGGCAGUUUUGAAAGUCUCCAUUAAGAGACGCUUGAGACCCACAUCUGGUGAGAUGUGAAUCCAAAUCCCGCACGGUGCCGAAUUCAAGUAAAACAGCAGAAAGGGAACCUGGUUACAGCUCUGCCAGAAAUCCUGUUUUUAUAAAGCUGUCAGUGAACAUUUCAUUAGUUGAAGACAGAAAUCAGCCUCACAGGACGGUUAUUUAUUUUGGGCUUUUUAAAUAGAAUACCACUUUUUCUUUUUUUAAAUCGACUCCAGUUUUUCAUCAGUUUAUUUCCCUCUGUUGCUUUGUGAAAGUCAUGUCUGUUAAUUAAAGGACCAGACUGUUGGUUUCAGUUUCA